UAUAAGCCACGCUCGUGCGAUAUUUCUGUGCUGCAAAGUACAGUAUUCUUGUGGAUCUCCUCCAAUCUACCAUUGUAGCUAGUAAUGAGCCUAUUCGAGAAGCAGCGACCGGCCGCGGUAGCGGCGUCGAGCGCCGUGGCCGGGAAGACGGCACGUGCCUGCGACGGCUGCGGACGUCGCCGCGCUCGGUGGUACUGCGCGGCCGAUGACGCUUUCCUCUGCCAGAACUGCGACUCCUCCGUCCACUCCGCCAACCCCCUCGCUCGUCGCCACAAUCGCAUUCGCCUCAAAACUGCGACGUCGUCCGGUGCGCCCGAUGUGGAUUCGGACGAUUCGGCCCCCUCUUGGCUCCGGGGGUUCAAGCGCAAGGCGCGGACGCCCCGGCCGCACCAGCAUGCGAAAACGGCCUCUGAAGCGAGGACGGCGCAUCCGACUACGGUGCCGGAGCUCGUCGAGACAUCCUUGGAUGAGACCGAGGACGAGGAGCAGCAGCUUAUCUACUGUGUCCCGGUGUUCGACCCGGCAUUCGCGGAAUUCCGCUCCCCUCCCCCUCUGGACGACUCAAACGCUCCUUCCGGCAAUGAAGCUAAGCCGACGAUGGAUUUACAAGAAUGCACCCCUGCGUCCACCCCAACCAUUAAUACCGCCAAUAGGCUGACCGCCUUCCUUCCGUCAGAUAUGGAGAUUGCGGAGUUCGCAGCCAACAUGGAGAGCCUCCUUGGCGGCGGUCUCGAUGUCAGCGAUGGCUCCUUCUCCAUGGAGAAGCUCGGGCUCGUAAACUCUAUAGAGGAUGGCGUCAACUAUUGCUUGGGCGAUGCAGGGCGCUUGAAGACGGAGCAGCCGGACGACACAGUAGGGUGCCCAGUCGAGCUGGACAUCGACAUGUCGAGGGAGACGCUGGAGCUGGACUUCAACUGGACAGGGUCAUCGACAGCUGAAGAAGAGGAAUUCGAAGAAGAGAAGAUAAUGGUGGCCACGGAACAGCAACAAGUAACACAGAAAGCCAGACUGAGUCUCGACUACGAGGCGGUCAUAAUCGCAUGGUCGAGCCAUGGCUCUUCACCGUGGACUGACGGCGAGCGGCCUCAGAUUAAUCUAGACAGUUGUUGGCAUGACUGUACGGGCAUGUGGGUGGAAGGAGCGGACGCACUGGGAGUCGGGCAUGGCAGCGACACCGGAGGGGGGUAUGCGGAUGUGGGUAGGCAAGCGAGGGUGACGAGGUACCGGGAGAAGCGGCGGACGAGGCUGUUCGCGAAGAAGAUACGGUACGAAGUGCGGAAACUGAACGCCGAGAAGCGGCCGAGGAUGAAGGGCCGGUUCGUGAAGCGAGCUCCGGGACCAGCGUUCGCUCACUGACAGAGCCUCUACAAGCAAAUCUAGUUCUUCUAAUUUCUAAGUGCUCGGCUUAGUCAAUAACCGACUUCUGCUCUUUUUACCCUAUCAUUGUCUUUGGGCACUUCUGCUGCGAGAGACAGUUUUUGAGUGCCCAUUGUUUUUAUGAUGGGAUAUAUAUAAUAAAUCCACUUUUUCUUGA